AUGGCGACCACCACCUUCCAUCGCUUCCCUGAUCCCCCGACAGAACUCCGGCUGCAUAUUUGGGAGUUGGCCGCCUGCACUGCGGCACAGCCUCGGAUUCAUUUCAUGGCUGUUGACGAGUGCAUGGAAGAGGCAUUUGACCGGCGCUGGAUAUCUGGUCUACUCGAUUUGGAUGGAUCAGAUCAAGCCGACGAUGUGGAGAUCAUGCCCAAGACCUAG